AUGAACGCGACUCCCACGCCACAAAUACAUGCACCCCUGCAACUAGAAAUCGUAAAAGAAUAUGAUCCAAAUAUCAUUCGAUUUCUCGUUACCGGGCUGCGGGAUUUACCGGUCGAUUUUGUAGAAACCGGGAAGACCCUUUUCAUUCACCCUGACCUUUAUCCGAAUGGUCUGCCACCCCCUGUUCGUGGGGUCCACAAUAUCUGCAGACUUAACAUGCAAACCGGGCAAACGGGUCGCAUGAGCGUUACUUUGUUGUCAAUGCUCCGGCCAUACUCAGCAGACCUCUAUCGCCGACUAAGCCACGCUGCGACAUUCGAAGAACUACUGGCAUGCAGUCAAGCUUUGGUGUUGAUCCAAUGUAUGUUGGUUCUCAAUGAAGACGGUAAUGCAUGUCCAUAUUCAGAAGCGAUUAGUGUUAUGCUGGCGGGAAUCGCCGGGAAACUGUGGCAACAAGCACCUAUUCAACUUCCACAGACCCUUAGUCCUCGAUGUGCUUGGCUUCUUGCUGAGAGUGUUCGGCGGACGAUUAUUGUCUGCUUCAUGCUGCGCAGUGCUUACUCGUUGAAUACGAGGAACUAUUCAGUCCGGACGCCGUUUAUAGACUCUUUGCCGUUUGAUUUACGGACGAAUUUAUGGGACGAGCAUUCUGAGACAGCGUGGCAAAAUGCACUCUCCGACACCGAGGGAUCCAUGGUUUCAUUAAAUGAGUGGUCGGAUGGAUUGGCUGCGGGUCGUGUUCAUGAUGUUUCCUGUUUCAGUGGAUUGAUACUGGCGGCUUGUAAAGGGCAAGCUGUCUCCUCAACUGCAUCUCCGCCUGUGAACUCUUAUAUCGACAGCUGA